AUGGCUAAUUAUUAUUGGAUCAUAUCUCAACACUCUGGAAUGGUUCUUGAAGUUGCAGGUGGUUCUUAUAGUGAAGCUAAUAUCAUGCAAUAUCAUAAAAAACACGAGAACGAUUGUAGCGUCGGCACCCAACUCUGGUUUUUUGAUGGCGGAUUAAUUACCAACAAAAGGUCUGGUCUUGUGCUCGAUGUUACUGAAAGUACACAAAUUAUUCAACGCGCAAGUGGCUCUGAACCUUCAGUAAGUCAGGAAUGGGAUUAUAACUAUGAGGAUAAUACUAUUAGUUUAAGAUCUAAUCGAAAUUUUGUUCUUGAUAUUAAGGAUAAAAGCAAAGAUAACUGGAUCCCCAUCAUUCUUCAUAGUAAACAUGAUGGCCAAAAUCAGCGAUUCAAUUUGCUAAAAUGGAAUAAUAAUUCUGGUACUGAUGCUGGUAGAUUAUUAGUAACGAACAUUAUCGAAGAUAAUAAAUUUUUAUCAAAACUAUCACAAAAUUUGCUUGAAAUUUUGGCUGAUGAUGAAUAUUAUGAUGUUACUAUUGAAGUUGGUAACGAUCCUAAUGUAAGAAUUUUCCGAGCUCAUAUGGUUAUCUUACAUUAUCGUUCUCCUUACAUGCGAGAAAUUUUGUCAGCUAAUAAAAAGAAAGAUAAUGGGACUUUGGCUCAUAUUAAAUUACCAAAUAUUUUACCUGAGACUUUUGAAAUAAUUAUAAGGUAA